CGACAAUUUUUUGUCGGUGCCGUACGUCUGCGACAAUGUCGUACGACCGUUUUAUGAAACGUGUCGGUGAAUUGGUGUUUCUGCGAUGUCGUAGUCUUUGUCGUAGACUAAAAUUCACGCGUGACACAGUCUAGUCAGUGCGCGCUAUGACGUCACAACUGUCAAAAGUGACAGACGAAACAAUAACAUUGUCAAAUGGACGUGAAAAAAACUAAAAGGCCAAAGUGGGAAAUGGAGGAAACAACUGUUUUAGUUGAAACAGUUGUUUCCUUCAAAAAUUUAGAUGCUAAAUUUACCAAUACCUACUGUUCUGCAGACAGAAAUCGUUUCUGGGCGGACACUACGGAAAAAAUAAAUGCAGUUGGGGGCAACUCCAGAACAGUACAACAGGUGGAAAAGAAAUGGAGGGAUAUGAAAAGUCAAACAAAGUCGAAAGAAGUUAGAAGAAGGGAGGAAAUGAGAAAAACCGGAGGGGGAGCUGCUGAGCAUAUAAAUAUGUCUUCAUUGGAGGAGAAGAUUCUAGGCAAGAUACCAUCGUGUACAGUAGAAGGGGUCCCAGGUGGGAGAGAUACAAGUUUAAUAUUAAUAGAUGAUACUUGUGGAAAUGAUAAUACCAAGGAUGAUGACAGUGAUGUCAUGCCAAGUACCAGUAUGACAGAUGAAAGUGAUACAUCACAAGUCAAAAGUAAAAGUAGAACAGAUCCAGAAACAUUAGUGGAACUUCACAAUGAAGCAACUGAAGCCAGAGAAUCAACCUCGGAACAGCAAGGCAAAGAAAAACCUAAAAAAAGACCAAAAGGAGAUAUUAUUCCUGAUUUCAUCCGAGAAAUGGAAGAAAAGAAGAUCAAUGAACUAAAGACUAUAAGUUCAACAUUAAGUAGCAUAGACAAUUCUUUGAAGGAAUUAAUCAGUUUUAAAAAAAGAAUGGAUGAACAUGCUGUUGACUUUCUUAGUUUUGAAGUUUAAAUUCUUAAUUUAUAUGAAACAGUCUAGAAAUUAUCAAACUAUAAACUUUUUUAUACCACCGCAGCAUCUGCUAUGUGGUGGCAUAUAGGGAUUCACCAGUGUGUGUGUGUGUGUGUGUGUUCUAUAGGUCACAUAGUGAACUUAAAAAAUCUUCUUGUGAAAACCAACUAGUCCGAUUCCAACCAAACCUGGCAGGAUUGAUCCUUAGGUGAAGGGCUUCCAUAGUUGUUAAAAAUUUUAAUUAAUACACUUGUUACUAUAUAUAUGUAGUAACCAAAUCGCCUAUGAUUUCAACUGAUUAUGAGUGUCACAUGACCUAUUAUGAGUUUUUUGGCCUGAGGCCCACUGAACAUGUGCACAUGCACAAACUGAAACAAGGACGUCACAUUUUACGUCACCAAACAGUUAACUGUAAAAGUGAAAGUAGGUUUUAAGCAUGAAUCGCUUAAUUUUAUUAUGAGAGCUGAAGUGUAUUUCUCGUA